UCUUGUUUUAUUUCAUCAGGUCUCCCAUCCAUGGAUAUAUCCUCGAUGCCACGCAGCUACGACAGGCUGAUGGGUUGCAUCGCUAACGUCCAAUUCAGCUGGACCUCCUCCAGCUCCACCCCUGCUGCCGCCAACCCCAUCCAGGUCACCACCAGCCCCCCUCAAGGCACCAACCAGGCCCCCACUGACCCCCCUGCCACCGCCGACACCAACCCCCCUGCCGACACCAACCCCCCUGCCCCUGACACCACCGCCCUCCCUGACAUUCAGCCACCGAGCUCAAAUGACACCAGCGGGAACGUGACGGCUUCGGGGACCAGUGAGACGAGCGGGUCGCUACCUACUGAAGCCGCUGCGACAGAGAGGAGUGGAUCAACAGUCGGCAGCGGCGCUGAAGCAACUCCGACGGAAGCAGGAAAUGAUGUGCCCAUAAGUUACAGAGUUCGCGUUGAGGAUGGGUGUAUCAAUGGUUGUGAGACUGUCAACCCCUGUCAGCAUGGAGAGUGCAUCAAUGACUACUCAUCCCUGUCCUGCAACUGCUUCAUGAGUGGCUACGAAGGAGAGAGAUGUGAACAUGAAGGUGCUACCCCAGUUACUUUCGGAGGCUUCCAGUAUCUCACCUACACACUGUAUCUGGGAAACCAAGAAACUUACAGUGCUCAAGACCUAAUCAGUAUGAAGUUUAAGAUCAAUCCAACCCACAAAUCAGCAGUCUUGUACUAUGCAGUGGGAGCUCUACCAACCCAGACCUACCUAGCUGUGUUCAUCCAGGCUGGCAAGCUCUCUGUUAAUAUCAAAUACAGCACACAGGACAUCUUGGAGUUCUUGGAACUUGGUGUCGUCAAUGAUAAUGUCUGGCACUCCGUCUCGGUCGCUCAGAAUGAGAGGGUCGUCACGGUGACCUUUGACAACUCCACCAUGAACCACACCAUCACAGGAAGCAACACUGUUUUCACCUUUGACCCUGUCAGUCAUAUCGGAGGUGGAGAGGGUCUGGAUGGAUAUCCAGGUCUUCCUGUAAGCACCAACGUUGUCGGAUGCCUGAAGGAGGUCUAUAUCAAUCGUUUUGACGUGACCAGCGCCCUCCACGCCCAGUCCUCCACCAGGGUCUUCUUCAUGGGCGGAGCCCCGUCUUUUGAGUGCCGCGACAUCGACAUCGUCCCGGUGACCUUCCCGACCCCAGAAUCCUACAUUCAUCUGGAGGGGUGGCAUACAUCUGACUUGAGCCUAAGAUUUGCAUUCAGGACAGCUAACGCCUCUGCUCUGAUCAUGACAGCUCAUGUCUAUAUGAAUGACACACACCAAGGAAGGCUAACCUUGGAUCUUGAGGAUGGUGUUCUGAUGGUGAAGCUAGCGACCGAUCCUCACAUUGCUCUCACUCUCGAUUACUCCACAUCCGUUGGAGCAAGGCUACACGAUGGUUUAUGGCAUGAAGUCAAUCUUACAAUGGCAAAGAGCAAAGCAGUGUUGGAGCUGGAUGGGGAGUCUGCAUCGUUCAUGUUCACAGAGACUCUAACACCGCGCGGAACAGUAUACUUAGGAGGUUGGAACGGCAAGGGAUUCGAGGGAUGCAUGCAGAACAUCUACAUGCAGGAGGAGAUGCUGGUCCCUACCGAGGUCUAUGGGACCCUGGUCAUGAGGGGGGUGACCCUGGAUGGUUGCCCCCUCCCCGGGAACCCCUGCGUGGCCGGCGAGGUUGAGUGCGCCAAUGGAGGCACCUGUGUGGAGCAGGACGGGAGACCGGUGUGCCUCUGCACCGACCCCAAGUUCACCGGCGUCCGUUGCCAAUUUUACACCUACAAGAGUUCCUGCGCAGAGUAUUUCUAUUCAGGCGACACUGCAUCUGGAGCUAAGCUCAUUGAUAUUGACGGUGCUGGACCAUUUGAACCGUUUUACAUCAACUGUGAUUUCAGUCAAGGAACAACAGCUUUUGUGAUCCCUCACAAUCUUCAGCCCGAGACGCUGGUCCGUUACGCUGAACUCCCUCACGUUGAGUUUGACCUAGAGUACCAGUUCAUGACCAAUGCCAUGCUCCAGUUCCUAGUCGGAAGGUCCACGGGCUGCUCUCAACAUUUUAACUACCAUUGCUUCGAAGCACCCCUGAGGCUAGGCAGCGGCACUAUCAUAACCACUGUAUCGGGCAAGCAAGUGCAAAGAAAUGCCAUGCCUUUCAUAGGAGACUGCGACAAGGGACGCUCAACGUGGAUGAGAGAUAGUGGUUACAUCACAAACAUGUUCUAUCUACCGAUCACCAAGCUGAGUUUGAAACCGUACAUUCACACUGGAGAGGAUUUCACCAAGGGAACUCUGACUGUUGGCCCACUCCGAUGUGAAAAGACACUGGGCUACACUCAUCCAUACACCGUGUCUCUGUUGAACCAAGAGCAGUUUCUGCCCAUGGAGGGAUGGCACUCCGGAAUGUUCUCCUUCAGCUUCCGUACCCACGACCUCAACUCUGUACUCUUCCACCAGAGGGCAACGUGGAGGACGCACAACUUCCUCAUGGCAUCUAUCACCGGACCAAACACCCUGAAGAUGGAGCUCCACAUGAACCAUGACAUCCAGACACACACCAUCACCACCGAGAGGAUGAUGACCGAUGGUCAAUGGCAUACGAUGACCCUUCAGAAGACCACCCAUGAGAUCCAUGUGACCAUUGACUUUGACCGCUACUCUCUCACCCUGCCGGUCGGUCAGAAGAUGGGCCCAUUCCAUGGGCAGAUGCAUCUCGGUGGCAGUGGAGUUCUUCCAUCAGGUUUCCAUGGGAUGAGUGGCUGUCUUGCAGGAGUGCUCAUCAAUGGCAAAUAUCAAUUCAUCUAUGAUUACUACAAUGAGUAUACGAACGAGUACAUGAAGCCUGGCUGCAGCAGUGCAUGUGAUAAACAACCCUGUCAGAAUGGAGGAGAGUGCCUGGAUGAAUGGGGUUCAUUCAUGUGUAAAUGUACUCAUCCCUCAUUGCUUGGACAGACCUGUGCAACCGACAAGAGGAUGGACACCCUCACCUUCCAAAUGGACUCCGCCUUCGUGAACCUUGACCCCAAGGACACUGCCGUCCUGACCUCCGACUUCCAUCUUGGGUUCCGUACCUUCCAGACCGAUGCCCUCCUGUUCUACGCCCACGACCAGGUCGGAAACUUUGUCCAGCUGGACGUUGAGGGAGGAGACUCCCUGGUGAUGAAAUUCAACAAGGGCAAGGAAGUGGUGCAGAUUGUGUCUAGGAUGAAUGCCUCUGCUUUAAAUGAUGGUUCAUGGAUCGAUGUUUCUGUUCUACGAGAUGAAAGAUCAAUCAAACUGGUCAUCGAUGAGCAAUACUCCUCCUCCAUGGAUGGAAAUGCAACACUCUUGACAGAGAAUGAUGGAACACCUUUCACAGGUGUACCAGCUACCGUCAGACCGCUGCUGCCAUUCAGUGGGCCUUCAGAAUCCUUUGUUAAGAUCUACGUCGGUGGAGUACCAGAGGGUACCACAACUGUCCCCACCCUGCAGGGCUGCUUCAGGGGGCUCGUCAUCAACGGAGAAGGAUUCAACCUGCAGGAGAAGGCUGAGAAUGAGGAGGGUAUUUCAGCGACGUGUACAGAUAACUGUCUUCCAAACAACCCCUGUAUGAAUGGGGGCUCAUGCUCUGAGAAAUGGGACUCUUUUGAAUGCAAUUGUACAACUACCUCAUACACCGGCAAGACUUGUACUGAAGAUGUUGGUGCGACCUUCAAAGAUACCACCGCCCUCCUGUACCCCCUUAUUGCUACUCCUGACCAGCCAGCGGACGUUCUGGAGACAGAUGAUCUCCAGUUUGGAUUCAGUACAACCUCCCCAGAUGGAACCAUCUUCUAUGUUAGGAACAACUUUGCUGAAAGCGCUGAACAGAAUUACAUCAGUGUCAGCUUGCAGGGGGGACACCUCAAAUUUGUCUUCAGCUUUGGCGCAGAAUUAGUUGAGGUUGAGAAAACUGGACCAUACAAUGAUGGAUUCCGUCAUGGAGUGGUUGUGAAGAGAUUUGGAAGGAGGAUCUUGGUUGAUGUCGAUAACCAAGGGGAGGAUUACGUCACCCUCUUGUCAGCACCACGCCCGUUCCAGGGCAGGGCAGCCAUCUUGGUAGGAGGUGUAGAAAACAACAUGAGUAUGUUCAGUUCUGGUGGAUAUGAGGGGUGCAUCUCAAGCUUAUACUAUAACCACAAGACCCCUCUUGAUCUAGACAUCAAUGGUUUAGGUAUGAAGAGGGCAGAGUGUGCUGCAUUCAAAGCUGUCUCAACCACCAGCACCAUGACCACAGAGAUGCCUUCAAAUCCAUUGCUCAAUAAGGUGAUGACCAUGCCUCCAUGGAAUGUGGCCAGGGCCAAAGGUCAGGAGGUCGAGUCAGAAGGACCGGUAGAGAAACCCCGGGAUAUCCUUCUCAUGGGUAUCAUCAUAGCUGUAUUUGUAGUUGCCUUCCUCAUCCUCAUUGUUUGCAUCAUCGUCACGGCGAUAAGUAUAAAGAACAGCAAUAAUCAGCAAGCAGCGGCAGCAGCUGCUAAAGAUGGGGAGCCUAAAGAAAUGGACGGCUUACUGGAAGAGGGGAGGGGUGGCAGCUCAGGGCGAAGUGGGAAAGGAGGCAACCCCUCUCCCGGCAAACGACCCCCCUCAGCUGAGAUAAGCAUUAAAGAACUAGAAUGGGACCCGCAGAUUGAGAAAUACAUACGCCAGCCCGAACUUGAGUGGGACAACACCUCGUACAGCAGCCCUGACACGCCCCUAGCUGUCACCCCUGAUGGGCCCUCCCAGACCCCAUCGGAGGCACCAAGCACCCCUGGGACCCCCCGAUCCAUGCCCAAUAGCCCCUCCCCAACCCUACUCCAGCUAGCUGCUAAUCAUAGUCCGCACUUGUAUAACACUAGCUUUCUAGACUACUCAACUAACAAUUCAGAUCUUGCCAAUCUGAGGCACAUAAAGGAUACACCUGUAUGAAAAUUAAAAAAAAUCAUCUGAAAAUUAGCAGAGUGUUGCAUGUAUAUUCUUAUAUUAAAAUAAGAACAAAUUAUGACAAUACUUUAUUCUUGAGAUGAUUUCAUUAAUGUUACUCAGUUAGUUAAAAACUGAGGUUCAUUUUGUGUAUAACAUUGAUAUUCAGGUAAAGAUAUACAAUUAUAUUGUGAUGCGUCUAUGUAGGAAUCUAUUGACAUAGGACAGUCAUUGUUGUAUAAUGAUGUGGCAUUAUGAUGUAAAAGUUCGCAUUAAUAUUUGGUCAUUCUCAAAAACUAUGCAGAGAUCUAACAAUUAAAUUAUACUGAGAUUUUAUAAUACAAAUAGCUAAAAAAAGAUGCAAGUUUUAUCACGUUAGUUGGGCUGAACUUGAUGAUGUUUUGCAUAUGAAAAUAUUAGUUUAAAAUAUUAAAUAUUAAAGGGGUUGAUAAAGUCUGUUUGAAACCGUUUUGUUCAAAACAUAUUUUGUUCCUUUCAUGUAAUAUAUUGUGGAAUUUGAAUCAUUUGAUGACUUUAAUUCUUUGUCUUAUAGCAUUUGCAAUAUAUGUUUUUGUUUAAGAAAGUUAAGUAUGUUCUGGAAAUCUGUAUGAUAAAUAAAUUUUAAAAUAUUUCAUAGUUAAAUGGAUGAAAAUAUAACUUCAUAACUUAUUUCCUAUUUUCAGGAUAUAUGCAAUGCUGUUGUUUAUUCAAUCAGCAAAUAGAAGGGACAAAAGAAUUAAGUUAACAUCAAAUUUUAAUCUUUUCCCACCAGCCAAUCAACUGAGAAAAUCAGCUUGUGGAGAAAAUUUCAAGCUCGAGUUUUCGAACCUCCACCGUCACUUAUAAACCUAUUUCCUGCUGCUGCUGCUGUUGAAGAUGGCAAUAGAACUUUAUAGUAGGAUUAAGGAAAAGUCCUGGUAACAGAACUAUCUGUAGAUCUCAUUCUAGUAGAGAAUAAUGAUAACGUUUUUGAAAUUGUCUUGUAUCAUGUUUUGACAGCCGAAUGGCUUUGAUCGUUUGAAUUCCUCAUGCUGUGUGUAAAUACACCAACAAGACCAACACCAAGGCCCCGUUUCACACAACUCUUUAUCAGUAAAAGUUACAGUGACUGUUAUAAGCUACUGAAAUCGUGGCAUUUGAUUGGCUGAGAGCAAAUUUGUCAUAGGAAUUCAGCAUUUGUUACUGAUAACAAGUUUUGUGAAACAGGGUCCAGACUGACAAUAGACCAAAUAAAAAUUCCAUAACCCAGAAGGCCAAGAUUGAUGUUGUCAUUGAUCGGUCGAUUUAGAGUCGGUUUGUUAGUGGAACUUGGUUUUUUACUCUCAUAAAACUUGUACCAAAAAGCUAAAACACUGCAUUGUGUCUGCUUGGAGCCAGAUGGGGGUUAACUCUGUGUGACCGUAUAUAAGUUACCGCCUUUCUGAUCCCAAGCAGACAAUUUCACAUAUACCAAGAGGCCUUAUUGAAUAGAAACUGAACAAAUGAUAUUCCACGUUGCCAAAGUGGGUAUCACUUGUCUUGUAUGUUUUUAUCGUAGUCGUAUGUAGAAGUCCAGAUGUUUUACAAGAUCGUUGUAAAAAAAUAAGUGUUUUUGUAAAGGAUGUUUAUCUGUGUACAGCUCCUGUAUUCAAAUAGUUGAUGAAAAAUGAAAGUUUGCUGGGAUGCGUAUGUUCUUACUUCUUUGGGAGACAUUUCUAUACAAUUUUGAAGGAAAUCAUUUCGAUCUUCCCAUUCUACAUAAAUUUUUGUAUAGAAUUUUCAAUUCAUUCUUGAUGAAAGAGUGUGAUAUUUUCUUGGAGCUUUGAUAGUAAUCUCCUUUUGUGAAGAUGGGAGAUAUUGAGGUAAAGAAAAAAAGAGGGAGACGUUUUCACAAUUAUUUUGAAUAACAUGGGCAAACUUUAUUUGGUUUUCGAUUGAUUGCAUUGAUAGAAUCAAAAUGACUAAUUACUGUAUUGAAAAGUAUGACAAAUAUGUGCAAACUUUAUUUUACAGUUGGAAUAAUCAUUCCUAUCUAGUUUGAUGAACUCUGAAAUACCGCCUCACAACUCAGGAUAUACAAAUAUUGUAUUUUCUGUAUGGAGUUUUAGUUUAGGAGUUAAGAAAUGUUAAGUGAAAGAAUUUUAAAAAUUGAUCUGAGAAGUUUAGUAGUUUUUUGCUGAGUUUGUGAUGGUAUAUAUGGGAUUUAUCGGGGAUUUAAUGAUGCGUCUGAACUAAGUUUACAGUCACUUUCUUGUCUUAUAACUGUUCAUUUCUACUUCGGUUUCAAACUGAGAAAUAAUGUAAGGUCUUGCAUUUAAAGUGACAAGUUAAUGACGAAAAUUAUUCUUAUAGCUGUCAAUAAACUGUAAGAGUAUGCAAUGUGGUGAUACAGCAAUCUCGAUAAUUUAUGUUUAUUUUACUUUUACUGUAACCUCGUGAUCAAACACAUAUAUAUUUGGGAAUGUGACAAUAUAUGAAUCAUUUUGAUGUUUUUGUUUUUAUCACAUUGGUAAUACGUGUUCCAUAAUAUCACUUUAGAUUUCAGGUAGAGCCAUAUAUUUUGUAUUCUGAAAAUUGUGUGACUUUUGAAAUAUUUUUCAUACAUCCAUUGUGAGUAUUUACUUUAUUUAUGUUUAUACAAUUUCGAUGAUUUCUAUUGACAUAUAUAUUAAUUUAUUUAUAGUUUUCCAUCUCCCUUUGGUUGAAACGUUUUUGUUUUGUAUAUAUUUGCGUUUAUGUAGAGGUUUUAUGACAAUUGUGAUAACGGUCAAUAUCUUGCCAAAUGUAUGAAUAUCAUAGGUAUUUAGGAGGAAUGUCAGAACAUUAUAUACAAAAUGAAAUCAAAGGCCUAUUCCAUAUCAUAGUUCAUUAUUUGUUUUCCAAUUAACUUUGAAUGUUAGUAAAGUGACCAGGAAUCCCCAAAAUUUGGCAAAGCACUUUAUGCUUGUGUGGGCUCCUCAGAUCGGUGCAUGAUCUGCAAGAGAUUUGCCUGGAAAUAAGGAAAGCAUUUUGAUUGUGGAAAACAGCAUUCCAUUGCCAGACUAAAAAUGGAUCCUGUUCAACGUUAAAGUUUUUAAAUGGUGAUUGAAAACUUCCACUUUUUAACAGCAUCGUCAAAGUAUUCAGAUUAUCCACCAAAUUAACAGAAAAAUAUUUUUCCAACUCUCUAUCAGGCAGUAUUUCAAGAGUAUUUAUUCCAGAAGGCUUCCAUAUUUUGAAAAAAACUGUCGGUUGUGCUAUGUAUUUCUGUGAUUAUUUUUUUUCUUGUAUUGUGGCACCAUGCAACCAAAAAUAAUAAUCAGUGUUAAAUACGUGGGAAUAUCUGUUGUAAUGUUUCAAUCAAAUGCUCACUAAAUCAUAUGUGAUCAUUUAUAAUGGCAUUUUGCAGUUUUUGUGUGUCAUAACUUUUACUAACCAACCAAAUGGAAGAUCAUUGUUCAAGUCAUAAUUUUUUUUUACAUGACCCAUUUUAUUAGGAAAAAUGAAGAAUCUGUGUCAUUUAUAUGAUUUAUUUUGUAGAAGUGAUUUAGUAUGUAUGCCACGUAAUGAUAAGGUAGUGCAAUUAACGAUUCGGUGUAUUUGUUGUAUUUAUUAUUUUGAUGUCUGUUAGAAAAUAACAUUCCUUUAUUUGCAAUUUACUUAAUGUAGAAUAAGUCUAGAAGAUUUGAGUCACGUCUUGCAUUUGUGAUUUCUUAUUCAUGUUGACCAAGCCAUUUUUAUAUCAGUGGAUGUUUUUUCAGAAGAUUUUAUUCAGACCCUCCUCGCGUGUUUCAGUGUUUAAUACAUACAUAUUUUCUUAUGACUCUUAAGACACCACGUUCUUGAAAAUUAGACUUCAGAUAUGGGAUUUGUAAUUGAAACAAAGGAAAUGCAAUGGAUUUCUUUUUAGGGUGGGGGAGCUGAGAGAAAUAGUUUGAUAAAGUUGCCCCAACCCUUUAUCUUGGAGUUAAUAAACGCGGAACAAUUUGUUGCCGAAGUAUAUAGAAUGUCUGGCCACCGCUUGACUAUAUUAUAUAGAAUCAUAAAGACUGAAAUUUUUUGUCUGGGCACGAACUGAGAGGGCGCUUUUUUGUUUAUAGAUGAUUUCUGCAUGUUUAAUUAUGAAGACAGUUGAAAAAGGAGUGUCUAUAUGUAUGUUUCCACCGUAACUGUUUGAGUAAAUUGUCUUUCACCUGACUUUUGCAGUUUACUACUAUACUGUUGAAACAAUGAAAUAAAAAAUGUAGCAUUUUUCCAGCAUCUGAUGGGAAAUGAAUAAAUCAUGA